GCUGCCAUCACAUCCGAUGAUUCGCUUCGCUACUUCGAUCCUACGAACCUCUCGCUUGUGCAUACCGUUUCUAAGGCUCACGAGGGAAUCACAUGUUUGAAAGCGACGUCGGAUGGCAAAGGGCUGGUGACGGCGGGGAGAGAUGGCACAGUCAGAUGCUGGGAUGAGAGGGCAAAAUCUGCUGGAGUGAAGAUGGCUGACCCUCGCGGAGCCGGUAUCUCUGCGUUGGCUUGCCGUGACACAUUCGUUGCUGCAGGCACCGAAAGUACCAAGGAAGGAUUGGGUGAUGUUAGCGUGCUUUUGUGGGACACACGGAAUACUUCCAAGCCACUGCAGGCAUAUACCGAGAGUCACACCGAUACAGUCACCCAAAUUGCUUUCCACCCAACACAACAAAACACCUUGCUUUCGGGAUCUACCGAUGGUCUAGUAUCACUAUUCGAUACAACGAUCUCGGAUGAAGAUGAUGCUCUGGUUCAAGUGCUGAACCAUUACGGUGCUGUGCACUGUGCUGGUUUCCUGAAUGCUGAAGAAGUUUACGCCGUCAGCACAGAUGAACAGCUCUCAGUGUAUACCUUGAGCAAUCCUACUGACGCCGAAGAUGCCACUCUGCCCGUAACUGCAUUUGGAGAUGUCAGAGAACAGUUGAAGAGUAGUUAUGUCGUUGACGUUUUCCCCAACUCGCCCUCAGCUUAUAUUGCUGCUGGAGACACCACUUCGUCUCGCCUUACUCUGGUUCCACUAAACCCUAGCUGGUCAUUCGAUAUGACUGGCACGAUGGAGUUUCCUGGAGCUCAUGGAGACGAAAUCGUUCGCGACUUCCUUAUCGACAACCAUAACCAACGAGUCAUCACCUGUGGCGAGGACGGCCAAGUCCGCCUAUGGGCA